GUCAGUGGUCAGUACUGGUCAGGUAACAGGGUAACAAAGACUAAAAGCGUGCUAUGAUGCAGACGCUACUAGAGCUAGCCUAGGACUGACCACGCCUUCUUGGACGCUGUGACCAACUAGGUCAAUUGAGGUCCGAAGCCCGCAUGUCCGCAUCCUGGUACUUAAGGGACCCCAAACAAAAUUGCUGUUGUCCAUUUUCCGUGGUCAGUUGACAAGAGCAGAGGAAAAGACUUGUAAGAUGACAGCCACAGUUAAAGGUAAAAAAAGGUUGUAGCCAGCUUCUUAUCAUGAUCCUUCUGCUAGUAACUGCUGAUCAUUUGGAAGCUGCUGAUUCUGUUGGGGCCUGCUGAAGUAUCUUGAGAUUACAAGGCUACAAAGAUGGCAAAAACCAAUGAAUUUCUACAUUAGUUAUUUGCAUAAGUGUGAGGCACAUGGUGUCUGUAGGUCACAAACUUUUAGGCAGGAGACAUUUUUUGGGAUUUAUACCACUUUUGAGAACAAGAAAACAAAGGAAGGCAAAUUAAGAAAAUGGCUGUCAAAAGAAAAAAUAGUACAGAGGCCAAGAAGAAUGUUGCCAAAAAGGCUUAUGUUCCUUCAUAUGUCCAAGAAGGAGAGAAGUGUGUUGUGUGUGGUGAUGACUCAACAGGGACUCAUUAUAGAGCCAUGACUUGUGAGGGCUGCAAGGGCUUUUUUCGGAGAACAAUUCAGAAAAGUAAUGGAGAUGAACCCAAUUAUGUUUGCAAGAAGGAAAAGAAGUGUGAAAUAACUCCACAAACAAGAAAUACUUGUCAGUUUUGUCGAUUUCAGAAAUGUUUGGCAGGCAGAAUGGAUCCAAGCUCUGUACUUGACAAUGAAGGUAGAAACAAACUAAAUACUUUAAUCGAAACCAACAGAAUCAAAAAAGGAAAGUUUAGGUUAAGUGACACUGAAUGGAAGAUGCUACACCAGAUUGGGAGGGGGUUCAAGUCUCCAGACGUGGUGAAAUUCUACAUGUUUAUAGAAGAGAAGGACAUUAAAGUGAGCAACAAUGAAGUUCAAGAAUUGAAUCGAAGUCUUAUCCAUGCAUUUCGAUUUAUAAAGAAUAUCCCAGGAAUAGAGAAGAUAAAGAAAGAAGACCUGGUGGCACUGCUAGAGACCAAUUUAAUUGACUUCAUGGUGUUUCGACUUGCUGAACUAUUUGAUACUGAUGAAGUUGGAUUGCACUUUCAAAAUUUUUACCUCCAAGAAUCAGAUGUAGCAAAUGAUUAUUCGUAUAUGAAGGAUAUUUAUUGCUACACAGAACAUUAUGGCCAGUUUGUCAGUGAGGAUGGCAUUGUUUUAGGCUGUCUUGGUGCUAUACGCUUGCUUAAUGUUGGAAAUGUGGAAAAAGAAUUACAAUGUGCAGAAAAGGUGGAUGAAGUUUUGGAAGAUAUUCAAAAUGUAUUUUUGAAGUAUCUUUCUCAAGAGAAGAAGGCCACCAUUGCUUCAUUAUAUGGUCGUCUAGUAGAUUUUGAGACAAUUCGUGAAUCUCAAUCACAGUUGCUCUCCAAGCUGGCCAUGAUGGGCUCAAAUACAAAAGACUUAUUAUUGUCAACUUUUAAUUCUGAAAACUCAAAGCUGUUGACAAUGGAGGUAAGUAACUCAGUCACUGUUAUUAAAAAUGCUGAGACUGGUAUAGCCAAUUCAAAACAUGAGAAUAACUUGUUAGAAGCAAUGGACUUUAUGCCGUCUUUAAAUAAUUCCAAAUCCAAUAGUCCCCAAUCAUUGUCUAAGCAACCACAGGACAGUUCCUCUUUAGAUAAUAAUGCAGAAACAUAUGUUGACCGCUUUAUUCAAACUGAUUUGAAGCCAGCAAUACCCUUAAUAGAAGAGUUGAAACCCUCAAAAAGUAAAACACAUUUUUAUCAGGAAAGUUUGACUCAUGAGGAGAAUGCAGAUCCCCUAUGUAGUCAAACUACCUUUGGUUUCGCUAACAUACCAAAAGCUGUGAGGGUUAGUCCUAAUGUUGACACCCAGGCCAAUAAUUCUGAAAUUUCAAAUUUUGUAGAUUCGCAGCCAUGUCUUAAUCACUCUAACCCUUUUAAUAAUAAUGUGCCAGGGAAAUAUAAUAUAGAAAAUCAGCAAUCACAUGAUUUGGACAAAAAACAAUUUAUAAAAGCUCAAGACAACACACAAACUCAAGUUGAUUUUUCACAACAAUCAGAUGAAAUUAGUACACAUAAAAAAUUAAAUGAAAUAAGUACACAUGAAAAAUCAGAUGAAAUAAGUACACAUGAAAAAUCAGAUGACAUAAGUACACAUGAAAAAUUAGAUGGAAUAAGUACACAUGAAAAGAAUAUAAAUUUAUCAGAAAAUUUUACACAAAAAUAUGAAAGCAUUUCACCAGUCCAUCAAAUAACACAGACAAUCCCAUCAAAUAAAGACUUCAGUUUACAGAAAAAAUACAUUUAUUCCGUUAAGAAAAAGUUGGUGGAUGACAUGGAAUUUCAAAGUGUUGAAGUACCAAAACCUCAACUUUAUAUUGCGCCCGCAGAGCUGCAAGUUCCACAAUUUUACGUACCUCAGCAAUGUGCAUGUACACAUCUAGUCCCAAAAUUUCUGUUACCUGUACAAAAUAUUUAUCCUUCAGCUUAUCAAUCCAUGUCGUACAAUAUUCGAGAGACUCCUCACGACCAGUUGGUAGCUCAGGUGCACAAUGACAUUGACGCCAUCCCAGUCAGAAGCGUUAUGUUAAACAUGCCUAAUAGACAAAGUAGUUACACAUCAGAUUCUGUAUUACCCAUAAGGAAUUAUUAUGACCCCACAAAAAUAGCAUACCAUAUGGCCCCUAGUAAUCAAUUUUCUAAUGAAGAAUCAGAGGCUAUAGAUUUGUCUGCCUCUAGGUACAACAAUAUGGCUCCUCCUCCAGUUCACACAUCUAAAGGAGAAGAAUAUCCUGUUUCAAAAUCAUUUGUUGAGAGUCAAGACAUUCACAAUUCAAGACGCCAUCAGUUAUUACCAACAGACUUGGUCAGCUUGUCUAAUCCUACUACUACUCAAGAGGAAAACUUCCUCAGGUCAACACAAAAUGGCAGCACUGACAUAAGUCAAAAUAGCUUUAUUUAUAAACCUUCAACCAGUGGCUGCACCAAUUAUUCAUACACUCCAACUUGCAGUAUUAAUUGUGAAACCUCAUUCAAAAGUACCUUAGCAUCAAGUAAGAAGAAUCCAGAACGAAAGAUGUCUCCUUUUAAAAGUAUUAAGAAGCGUUGGCUAACAGGGUAUUUUCAACCAUCUUAAUUUGACUCAAAUACUACAGUCUGUCUGUCUUAACUACAAAUUAUAUGAAAUUAAAAUUCAACAAUUAAGUAGUAUAUCUAUCAAAUCUGUUCGAAAUUUUAAAGCCUUGAGUUACAAAAUUAUUUAUCUAGUCUAAAUGAAGUUUUAAAACCUUCAGGCACAAAAGAAUUUAUCUAGUCUAAAUGAAGUUUUAAAGCCUUUAGGCACAAAAGAAUUUAUCUAGUCAAAAUGAAGUUUUUAAGCCUUUACAAAAGAAUUUAUCUAGUCUAACUGAAGUUUUAAAUCCUUGAGGCACAAAAGAACUUAUUUAGUCUAAACGAAGUUUUAAAGCCUUGGCACAAAAGAAUUUAUCUAGUCUAAAUGUUUUAAAGCCUUGAGGCACAAAAAGAACUUAUCUAGUCUAAAGUUUGAGCCAUAAGGCAUGAAGUUACUGCCAUUAAUUUAUGCUUUAAUACAUGUGUAACCAGAACAGUAUUUAUGGAUCUCAUGAUUUUUUAAAAUGCUUUUAUCUUUUAUAUAUUUUGUCCUUAUUAUUUUGAGUCAAUGUCUAGUUGCAUAUGACCUUAAUAUAAAUCAUUUUUUUUAUAACAAUAUGUAUGGAAUAUAUCAAUAUUCUCUUUAUAUAAUUAAGUUGUGAGAAUGAUUUUUAUAACAUAAUUAAAUAGUCAGUUUUAUCAGAUACCAACAGAAAAGGACUUUUUAAAUAUAAAAUCAGACAUCUUUGUAAUAAAACUUAAUAGUAGAAUUCAUAGAUUUUUUUUUUCAGUAGUGUUUAUUUAUAAAACACUAGUGAGGCUUCAGAAAUUUUUUUUUUUAAUUAGUGCACAUAGGAUUGCCAACUGCUACAAUAUCAAUAGAUAACUAAACAAUGAACAGAUUUACAGUUCACAGGGUGAAUCCAUGAAAAAAAAAAGCAGCAUGUAACAGGUUACCCUGGGCCCUGGAUGUGGCAAAAACCAAACUGAAUCAUACUAUUAUAACAAAUUUACAAAAGGGGGGAUUCACAAGCAAUAGUAUUGUUACACUAGAUUCAUUUUAAAAUGAUUUUUCAUGGGAUCCACUUGGCAAGGAUCCCCUUCAGGUUAUAGUAGCUACACCACUGACAUUAGAUGGGUGCUAAUGCCUUCCAAAACAAAUAGUUAUCAUUCUUUGGUGGUGUAGUGUAUGUAAACAAAUUGGUCAAACUGAGAAUCUAAUCAAGGCAGGGAUUGUAAGCUAAAAAUUCAAGGACUAACCAGUUAUAAUAGGUUCCUUGUUAAUUUGAAAAAAAUAAUAGAAGUUGGUUGUCCUGUAGGUCACUAGACCAUUGUCUCAUUGACCAUUGCUCACAGACUCAAGUAAACUUUCACCCGCCUUAUGAACCCUUAAGUCUUAACAAAGUGGACACAAGAGAUACUUAUUCUAAAAACUGAAUUUACCUCUGAUGGAAAUUUGACUUUAAUGCAUAUUUUCCAGAGUCAUAGAAAAUUUGCAAACAAACAAUACCCAGUAACCAUAUUAAUACUCAUACCAAAAAGUCUUUCUUUGAUAUGUGUUUCUGUGGAAUAGCCCUUGGGACAAUCUCACCAUUUUCAUUGUGAAGUUUUUCAGAGAAUAUAAUGCUGAGUUGGCAAACCUAUUAGUCACUAUUUUAAAAAUAAUAAUAAUUAGUUUUAUAGCAGUACGGUAAACAGACAUUUUAAGCAAUUAAGUUUGAAAUAAUGCACUACAAAAUUUUAAAGCAAAAUACUUUUCUCCUAGUCUUAAUUGGAAAUUUUUUGUUUGUACAUAAAUCUUGGCUAUUAGUUAUUUUAGUUUGUUUUUCACUAUACUGUAAAUGUGUAUUCAACCUGCUGUGCUUUCUCUGAAGACAUGACAUUGUCCACCAGCUGGACAAUGGACAUGGUGUGUGAUCUAACUAUUGGCUGGACUGAUUUUUCUAUUGCCUUUUUUUUUCAAAUAAACAUGCUGUGCAAUUUUUAUUUGUAAUGCUUUUUUUAAAAGAAGUAUUUAAAAUACACACUUUAGUGGAGAGAUUGAACUAUUGAAAGUUUUUGACAAAUGUCAGAAAUUAGCUUGUGUAAAGAUCUCAAUGAAUGUGUAUUAGCUGCUUUGUAAGCUUGGGCAUGGUGGCUGAGUGGUAAAGUGCUUGGCUUUCAAACCAAAGGGACUCAAGUUUGAAUCCCAGUGAGAAGUGGGAUUUUAAAUUCUGGUAUUUUAAGGGAGACCCCAAGUCCACACAACUCUACUGGGUACCUAACAUUAGUUGGAGAAAAGUUAUAGCAGUUGGUUGUUGUGCUGGCCACAUAACACUUUUGUUAAAUGAGGCCCACAAAAACUACUGAUUUUUACAUCUUUCCGAUAAGUGCAAUGUCUGAAAAGGGUGUCUUUACCUUUAUUAGCUGUGGCAGCUCUUGUCAAUACUUGUUAGCUUUGAGAUAUUUUUUUUACUAUAAAAGUUUGGAUUACAACUACAAAACUACAAAAUAAAAUUAAAAAAAUCAUAUAUUGCGUAUGAUACUUUUGUCAUCACUUUCAUUGUUUUAAUUUUGUUCAAAAAAUAUUUUAAUUUAUAAGAUUUUUACUUGUCCUUUUGUGUUUUUUUUUAUGCCAUUGACAGAUGUAAAUAUAUAUAUCCUAUAUACUAUCCUUUUUAUGCAAAUAAUUUUGCCAAUAUUCUCUCAAUGAAU